AUGGGGCGCGGGAGCAGCGACCGAAGCCGGACGCAGGCGGGGAGGACGACGGGAGAAGCGGAAGAAGGGAGAAAGCAGAGGCCGCCGGGGGGGCCGAGCGGACGACGGAGCCAGCAGCGGGCGCCCAGGCGGAGACGCCGAGGACGGACCGCGGGCCGCCAGCGGAGCCGGAGGGGACCCGAAGCGGGCCGCACGGGGGGGCGGACGCACGAGGCACGCAGGCGCCACGCCGACGGGCGCCACGGCGGCGCACAGAGAGGACGCAGUGUGGAGGAGACGAGGAAGCAAGCGAGAAUGGGAGAGGGUGAAGGAGGCGAAAGCCGCCACGGCGCCGGAUGGGACCCGAAGAUGGAAAGCAGGGGGGGGAAGAGGAGUCAGCCGAGGCCGCCGGACGACGACGAGGCGCCGGGCGGAGACCGCCGAGGACGCGGGGGGGAGGGAAGAAGAGGCAGCGGAGGCGCCAGCCCGGAGGACGGAGGGGGCGGCCGCCCGCGGCCGCAGCGGCUGCCGGAGCCCGCCGGUGGGCGACGGCGGCGAAGCCGAGGAAGACGGCGAGGAGCACGCAGCGGGGGCGGGGCGGAGAUGAGGCAAGCACGGGGGCCGCGGACGGCGAAGGCCGAGGCAUUUACGGGAGGAGCACAGGAGAGGAAGAAGGAGGCGCCCGGAGCGGAAGCCGGGGCUGACGCCGGCGGAAGGCGCCUCGGCCGCCGCGGCCUCCCGCCCACAGCUCUCUCGGACUCACAGAUCACCACCGACGGUCACUUUGCAGGGGGGAGGGAGAGAAUAUGA